CUCGAGAAUUUUUUAUUGAUUUGGUUGAAAGUUCAGAUGAUCGUGGUGACUACGUUCGAUAAUUUUUGCUGUUAUAGAGAGGUUCCAGCCCUAGCUGUAUUUGUAGGAAGACGUAUUCUGUUUUGACCUAAUUUUUCUACUCAAUUAUUUCUCCAAUAAUUGGAUUUCUUCAGGUGAUGGAGAAGAACAAUUUUAAAUGAACAACAGAUGAGGAAAUGGCGGUUGCACUUUCUGCAUUAUACCGUCUGAAUCUUCCCUAUCUCCAUGGAUGCGUCCGAGGAGGACAAGGAUGCUAGUAAUGAGCGUAUCCAUUCACAUCAUCAUCAUCGUCGAUCAUUAAAAGUUAGCUUGCUUUGGAGCUUCGAGUCCUCAUUCUUGAUGUUAUGUAUGGUGUUCGUUACUCGUGGCUUACAUUCCCAUGUCUCUCAAAACUUACUCACGUCUCUCGAAACUUACAGUAAAGCAGGGGAAGGCUACAAAACAGCUGCUUACACAAAACCUUAUUCCUUUUUCGACUCGCGAAUGCUUAUAUUCCUGACUCACAGAGGCGAUCAUGAAUCACGAAUGAAUAAGCCAUUGUUGAUUGAUAUUCAUAUUCAUUAAUAUCUCUUCCAAUGCCUUCCCUGACUUGGCCAAGAAUCAAACACAGGGUGCGGAUGGGGCAUAUUCCUGUGAAGAUUUGAGGAGUGCCAAAUAAGAUCAUGGGCAUAACCCCAGAGGAGAUAGCACCAUCUAAUGUCUCACAUUAACUGGAGGUAUUAUCUUCUCUCCAUUUUCAACAAGGAAACCAAUAUUCUAAGAUUAACUUAUUAGUUAGUUUGUUCUAGUUCUCUACAUUCAUCCCAUUAAACCCAGAUCACGACGUUGCACGGUUGA